GCCGCCAAAUGGGAGAGGGAACAACUUGGAAGACGAUCGGCACACACGUGUUUAUACAUGGGGUCCCAUCUAAGCUUGUCAUGCACUGUAUGAACGCCAAGCCCUAAUCGGAUCGAAUGGGGCUAUACAUUGAGAGCACGACUGGGCUAAUCGGCAUCGACUAUGACACGAACUCUGACUCUCAGCUUUUGCUUCAUUUCAUUAAUUCAAAGUGGCGGCUGUGCGGAUUCGGAGGAACGGCUGAUGAACUGGCUGCUGGGUAAGGACCGCUACAACAAGCUAAUCCGCCCCGCCAUCAACCGCACCGAGCGCGUCACCAUCAAGCUGCAGGUGUCCCUGGCCCAGCUCAUCAGCGUGAAUGAGAGGGAACAAAUCAUGACCACUAAUGUCUGGCUGACCCAGCACUGGAUUGAUUAUAGACUGUCCUGGGACCCCUCCGAAUAUGAUGGCAUAGACAAAUUAAGAAUCCCCUCCCGCCACAUCUGGCUUCCCGAUAUUGUCUUGUACAACAACGCUGAUGGCACUUAUGAGGUGACUGUGUUUACCAAUGCAAUCGUCCUGUUCAACGGCAGCAUCUUCUGGCUCCCGCCAGCCAUCUACAAGAGCGCCUGCAAGAUCGAGGUCAAGCACUUCCCUUUCGACCAGCAGAACUGCACGCUCAAGUUCCGCUCCUGGACCUACGACCACACGGAGCUCGACCUGGUCCUCAAAACAGAGGUGGCCAGCAUGGACGACUUCACCCCCAGCGGGGAGUGGGACAUCCUGGCCCUCCCCGGGCGCCGGACGGUCAACCCCUCCGACCCCACCUACGUGGACGUCACCUAUGACUUCAUUAUCAAGAGGAAGCCCCUCUUCUACACCAUCAACCUCAUCAUCCCCUGCGUCCUCAUCACCUCUCUGGCCAUCCUGGUCUUCUACCUGCCCUCCGACUGCGGGGAGAAGAUGACCCUGUGCAUAUCGGUCCUGCUGGCCCUCACCGUCUUCCUGCUCCUCAUCUCCAAGAUCGUGCCCCCGACCUCUCUGGACGUGCCCCUCAUCGGCAAGUACCUGAUGUUCACCAUGGUCCUGGUGACCUUCUCCAUCAUCACCAGCGUGUGCGUGCUGAACGUGCACCACCGUUCCCCCAGCACCCACACCAUGCCCGCCUGGGUUAAGCUGGUGUUCCUGGUCAAGCUGCCCGCGUUGCUCUUCAUGCGACGCCCGCGGAACAGCUCGGCCCGGCAGAGGCUGCGGCGGCAGCGGCAGCUCCGGGGCCGGCAGGGGCUGUUCGGGGCGGGCCUCGGCUAUCAGGCCCCUCUCCCAGCCACGGCCGCCGUCUCCUCCUCCUCCUCGGUCUUCCUCUCCUCCGCCUCUGGCUUCUCGUCCCCGGGGCACUUCUUCAACAAGACCGCCGGUGGGCCCUUCUGCCUCAACCCCGGCAGCAGGAAGGGCGAGCCGAGGCCCCGGGACUUCCUGCCUGACGGGGUGGCCUCAGCGCAGGACCCGCAGCAGCGGGGGCCUGACUGGGGGCCCGACAUCCAGGAGGCCGUGGACGGUGUGCGCUUCGUGGCCGAUCACAUGAUGGGGGACGACGACGACCAGAGUGUGAUCGAGGACUGGAAGUACGUGGCCAUGGUGGUGGACCGGAUGUUCCUGUGGAUCUUUGUGAUUGUGUGCGUGGUUGGCACCCUAGGCCUCUUCCUCCAGCCUCUUUUCCAGAACCAAAUUGUGCCGAUCCAGCAUUCGAUCAGUGAAACCAUCAAAAGGGAUCAAAUCUGAGCCGAGGUUUUCGGAUCUCUAAGGAAUUCAUGACUUAUUUGAGAUGGCCACUGGUUCCCGUUUCCAUUCUGCAUCUUCACUGCUGUGGCGGAAAAAAACGAUAAUUUCAGUGAUAUCUGCUGUCAUGAGUUCCAGCGAUGCCUGCUGUUUAUUUGGCAGGAAAACAAGUGUCACUUUUAGAUGCAUACUUACUGGAGAUGUGCCAAACAGAAUGAAUAACAUGACCACCAUUCGGAGCUACUUACGCUGAAUCUUCGCAAUUGUCUGAAAGACAUCCGUCUGCAGUCCGAUACACUUCCUUGUACAUAAUGCUUGUCAAAACAUUGUUAAAUUUCACUCUGUGGUGUAUGGUGUAUAAAUGUCAGAAAGUCAGUCUUACUGGUUAUAUGUAUAAAAAAAGGUUAAUUAAAAUAAUGAACACCCAAUAAAGUGUAAAGCCGUGAAGAAUUUGGCAGAUAGUUUUCAUUUGCACAGUAAUAUGAAGUGAAAUUAAUCUGCUGAAUAAAAAUUGAGAUUGUCAAGGUGUGACCACUGAAAAUUAAACUGACUUAUUAGAAUUCUGGGAAUAAAUGUACAUUCUAGAAGUAGAAUAAUAAUAUAAAACAUUUUUAUGAGAACCAUCUCAACUUUGCAACAAUAAAAAUAAAUGGUUUUGUUCAGAAAAUGUAUUAUUUUGGAUGAAAAUGACAAUUGCAGUUACUUAUUAUAGUUCAGUUGCCCAAAGCCAUUGAUUCCAAUUGUUGCCAUUACAUCUGUCCCAAAUGGCUAAGAGUCAUAUUUUCUUAAUUAUUAUAGUAAAAAGUGGAUUGACCUUUUCAAAAGAAAUAUGAAAUGUUGUAAAACUAGAAUGACACGGAAUUAAGUUGUAUAUUGUACUGUUGUAUAUUGUAUGAUUGUACUGUAUGCACAGGCAACUUAUGUAUGCUCACAGAGUGAAAUAUUUUCAGCAAAAUAUAUCACCACAGUUAGACGAUAAUGUAAGCUUGUCUACUGGUUGGAGAAAGCUUUGAAGAGAGCUUUGAAGAGAGCUUACCUUUCCCCUUCCCCUUUCUGUUGAUUGGAGUUUGAGACCUUAGAAGUAUAAGAGUUACUGUAAUUUGUUUAUAGGGCACUAAAUACAUGUGUGAAGUUUCACUCAAUAGUACUGUUUAAAAGUAUGAGGAAAUGCUAAAUGUAAAAGUUUGUGUCUGCUUGGAGUCUAUUCACUCCGCUGUCUUUGAAGCUCAAUAUCUCAGAACCACUCGGAACAAAGAUAGAACCUUAUAAUUCCAAGGUCACGAUAUUUGAUUUGUGAAUCCCUCAACAUAUGCUAGCAAGGGCUCUAUUCAAAAACCCACGUGACAGAAAGCAUGUUCAGGUGAACGAUUAUGGGGCUACAAGCCUUUUCAGAAGCUGCAGGUAUAUCGGCCACAUAUGCUUCUACAAACCACAGAAGAUAUUUUUUGUGCCAUCUACUGGCCAAAUUGUGGACACUCACUUUUACAGAUGCAUUGUAUGGGCAAUAAUUAUUCACUGCAGAAUGCUGAGCAAGUUUGUUAAAUAUUCUGAAAAAAGCACAGCUUGUGAUAUUCUUAAUAGACAUGCAAAUAUACAAAGAGGCUAACAGUCUAUUUUAUUUUAAUUUUCUGCUCAAAUUUUCACAAAAUUGUCCUAGCGUUAAAAAUAAAAAACAAAACUUAACAGUGUGAUCGUUGUCCUUCCACUGUACAGAUAAAUGGAUUAUUCAAUCAAAAGUCAAAUGAAGACAUAAUACAAAUAUCUUGAAGGACAAAGUGAGGACUUCAUGAGUCAUUGAAUUUAAAUCAGGAAAAAAAACUGCUCACCCAUGGAUUAUCAUUGACACAGCAGAAUGUUGCAGAUAAAUUAAGGGCAAUUAAAGACAUUGUUCUAGGGGUGUUUGUGUCAGCUUGCAAUCAAUCUUUCCAUGAAUCAAUCCCGGCUUCACUAUUUAUCAGUGACUUUGGUUCACAUCAGCUUUUCAUGACGAGAGUAAAUAGGUUUUCGCCGGAUCCAUUAAACACGUGUACAGACAACCCUGCGUACAGGAGAAAUUUGAUUACACCAACACUUCACACUCAAUGACCGGGAAAGAACAAGCACACAAGGGAGGAAAUACUGGAUCUCAGAUGUUGCGCGUGCAUGUAGGCCUAUACCGCUAAUCUAUACCGCUAAUCUUUCACUGUCCCUGCAAGGGGCAUGUGUAGUGUUUCAGGUGUGAGGAGCUACUCGUAAAAUCUGUCCAAAAAUGACUGCGGAUGUGAUAUCCUCCAUUUUGUAGUUCCAGGUGCUGGCUGCUCACUGUUUGUUUUACUUCCAACCUCAGCCAAAUGGGGUUUUAUGUGAAUACAUAUCUGGAUCUGACACAAAUAGAUCUAAUGUAGGAACACAAUUAAAUACAGUAAAUGUCCUGUCAGGAGUGCAAAUUAAAGACAUUUAAAACGUCCACUGUGUUUUGUGAUGACUAAGCUUAAUGAAUCGUUUAAUUGUUUCUAGGCCCUAAAACAAUUAAUUGCUUAAACAGCUAAUUAAUGAUAAUUACAAUCAACAAGCACUCCAUUGUUUUUAUCCUGUGCCCUUUUUUAAUUUUCUCUACUGUGUACAACUAAGGUAGAUGUGUGUGGGAUGUAUGGUUCUGAUCCCAUAUGAAAUAAAACAUUUGUGGUGAAAUAAUUGAAUUCAAUAAAAU